AUGGCGAAUCUUCACCCAGAGUCCACUGAGGACUUUGAGUUCAUUGAAACUCCAGCUGCACCUACGGCUCAACCAGCAGCAGACUGCGGCGUCCGUACCACUGCCUACCCUGCCAUCAAGAAUGCACCACUACCAGCUGAUGCCUCUGGAAGCGACACCUUCAAUAACUAUGUUCUCUUCGGCUUGUUGUUCAUCAUUCCUGCCUACCUUGCCAGACAACUCCACGGUGGCUUCUACACCACCAUCUUCCUGGCGUCCCUGACCUCGAUACCGAUCUUGAUGGUUUUUUGGACCGUCGUCUCCUCAAUCUCCCCUCGUAAAAACGAGAAGGCUCGCUAUCCCGGCCGACCGGUUGAGCACUAUCUGCACUUCCAUGAAGAGGAGGAUCGGGCAAGAUACCAUGGCAAGAACCGUAUUCCUAUGGAGACCUUCCACGAAAUGUAUUUUGAUGGAAAGGUCUCUUUCAAAGGGGACUGCUUGGACGUUAUGGAGUAUAGGCACGACUGGGCCAGCUUCAGGUUCACAUUGGGCCUGUUCCACCAUUUCUUCACUGGAUUCAUCCCCGAAGCCAUUAUGCACACUCGAUCCCAAGAUGAAGAGCAAGUCCGUGACCACUACGAUCGUGGAGAUGAUUUCUACAGCUGGUUCCUUGGGCCGCGGAUGAUCUACACUUCUGGCAUCAUCUCAGACAUCAAUCGAGAGGAGUCACUUGAACAACUGCAGGAUAACAAGCUCGCCAUUGUGUGCGAGAAGAUUGGUCUUGAACCAGGCGACAAGAUGCUGGAUAUUGGCUGCGGCUGGGGUACUCUGGCCAAAUACGCCAGUGUCAACUAUGGCGCUCACGUUACAGGCGUCACGCUCGGACGGAAUCAGACGGCCUGGGGUAACAAUGGCCUCAGAAAGUCAGGCAUUCCUGAGAGCCAGAGCCGGAUCGAGUGUAUGGACUACCGCGAUAUCGCAGUCCCGGAAGGUGGAUACAAACGCAUCACUUGCCUGGAGAUGGCAGAACACGUUGGUGUCCGUCACUUUGGCUCGUUCCUUGCGCAGGUGAACAACAUGCUCGAUGAUGACGGAGUCUUCUUCUUGCAAAUUGCCGGUCUCCGCAAAUCGUGGCAAUACGAAGAUCUCGUCUGGGGUUUGUUCAUGAAUAAAUAUGUCUUCCCUGGUGCAGACGCUUCGACACCAUUGGGUUUUGUCAUCGACAAGCUCGAAGGUGCGGGUUUUGAGGUCAAGGGUGUGGACACCAUUGGAGUUCACUAUUCAGCAACCCUGUGGAAGUGGUACCGCAACUGGAUUGCCAACCAGGACAAGGUGAAGGCCAAGUAUGGUGUCCGCUGGUAUCGUAUCUGGGAGUACUUCCUUGCAUACUCCACGAUCAUUUCUCGUCAAGGUAGUGCGACCUGCUUCCAGAUCACCCUUGUGAAGAAUCUGAAUAGCACCCACCGUAUCGAAGGUAUUGCCACCCAGUUUGGACUGACAGGAGCAUUGCAUACUGGGAGAGCGGUGGUGGAGGCCUCGGCCUCGAAGAGCGGGAUGAACGGGCAUAGUCUCAAGCUAUAG